UGCGAUUGCAGCACACACACCCACACACACACACGCCCGCCCGCAUCUCCCAGAUGAAGAAGGGUCCUCCAGCUUCAGCUCCGUGUCGUGAGUCGGAUGGAGGAGGAUACAUCUGCGGAAUGUGGUGCUUGGAGAUAAAUGAUCGCCACUGGAAUGACGGGAUACAUGGAGACAACACGAGACUGCGCCUGUGACAAACUUGUGCAAGGGAAACCCUCGGGAGGUCCCCGGAGAAGAUGGCAUUCUGGAGGAGAAAUACUCACAUUGAGAAGGAACGCCAUGUGAAAGCCAAUGCACGGGACUACAAUGACAAGUUCUCUUAUGCUGACAACCGAAUCAAAACCUCAAAGUACAACAUCUUCACCUUCCUGCCCAUCAACUUGUUUGAGCAGUUCCAGAGGGUGGCAAAUGCUUACUUCUUAGUGUUGUUGAUACUGCAGGUAAUUCCAGAGAUUUCCUCUCUGUCCUGGUUCACAACCAUCGUGCCUUUGGUAUUGGUGCUGGUAAUCACGGCUGUCAAGGACGCUACAGAUGACUAUUUCCGACACAAGAGCGAUCAGCAAGUCAACAACCGGCAGUCUCAGGUUCUCAUCAGGGGAAGUUUGCAGAAUGAGAAAUGGAUGAACGUUCGAGUGGGAGAUAUCAUCAGACUAGAGAAUAAUCAAUUUGUUGCUGCAGACAUCCUCCUUCUCUGUAGUAGUGAGCCCUAUGGACUGUGCUAUAUUGAGACUGCAGAGCUAGAUGGAGAGACAAACCUGAAAGUUCGUCAGGCUUUGACUGUCACCUCAGAUUUAAAAGAUAUUACAAAACUGAUGGACUUUGAUGGAGAAGUCAUUUGUGAACCACCAAACAACAAGCUGGAUAAAUUUACAGGAACUUUAUACUGGAGAGACAAUAAAUACCCUCUGGAUAAUGAGAAAAUGCUGCUGCGAGGUUGUGUACUCAGAAACACUGAAUGGUGCUUUGGAAUGGUUAUCUUUGCUGGGUUGCAAACCAAACUGAUGCAGAACUGCGGAAGGACUACGUUUAAAAGGACAAGUAUUGACAAACUGAUGAACACUUUAGUUUUAUGGAUCUUUGCCUUCCUCAUUUGUAUGGGAGUUAUUUUGGCCAUUGGAAACACUAUCUGGGUGAGUUGGAUUGGCAGAAACUUCCAGGUGUUUUUGCCAGGGGAGGAGUUUCAAAGCAAUGCUGUUUUCUCUGGUUUCCUCACCUUCUGGUCCUACAUCAUCAUCCUCAACACUGUUGUGCCCAUCUCACUAUAUGUCAGUGUGGAGGUUCUGCGGCUUGGUCACAGUUACUUCAUUAACUGGGACCAGAAGAUGUUCUGCAGGCAGACGAACACUGCAGCGGAAGCUCGCACCACCACCCUGAAUGAGGAGCUGGGCCAGGUGGAGUUCAUCUUCUCCGACAAGACAGGCACCCUCACGCAGAACAUCAUGGUCUUCAGCAAGUGCUCCAUUAAUGGACAGACAUAUGGUGACGUCUAUAAUGAAUUUGACGAGAAGGUGGAAAUUACAGAAAAAACAGCCUGUGUGGACUUUUCCUUCAACCCUCUGUGUGACAAAGCGUUUAAGUUUUACGAUGGCAGCCUGAUUGAAGCCAUUAAACUGGAGGAUCUUGCAGUGCAGGAGUUCUUCAGACUACUGGCUUUGUGCCACACUGUCAUGCCAGAGGAGAAGAGUGAAGGGCAUUUGGUGUAUCUGGCCCAGUCACCUGACGAGGGAGCCCUGGUCACUGCAGCACGAAACUUUGGGUUUGUCUUCCGGGCCCGAACCCCCGAGACCAUCACACUGUGUGAGAUGGGACGAGCUGUCACCUACCAGCUGCUGGCCAUACUGGACUUCAACAACGUGCGCAAGAGAAUGAGUGUCAUUGUCAGAAAUCCACAGGGCCAGAUUAAACUCUACUGUAAAGGAGCUGACACUAUUAUCUUUGACCGUCUGGAUCCAUCCAGUGAAGCCCUCAUGUACACUACCUCAGAACAUCUCAAUGAAUUUGCAGGAGAGGGGCUUCGAACAUUAGCUCUGGCCUACAAAGAUCUUGAUGAAGAUGAUUUUGAAGUUUGGAUGAAGAAGCUUCUGUUCGCCAGCACCGUGAUUGAGAACCGCGAGGAUCAGCUGGCUGUUCUCUACGAGGAGAUCGAGCAGGGCUUGAAGCUUCUAGGGGCCACAGCGAUCGAGGACAAACUUCAGGAAGGAGUCCCAGAAACUAUCGCCUGUCUAAAUCUAGCCGACAUCAAGAUCUGGGUCCUCACAGGAGACAAACUAGAGACAGCGAUGAACAUCGGCUACUCCUGCAACAUGCUGCGAGACGACAUGAAUGAGGUGUUUGUUAUCUCCGGCCACACACUGCUGGAGGUGCAGCAGCAGCUCAGGAGUGCUAAAGAGCACAUUCUCGGCCUGAGUCGAGUUAGCAGCGUAGGAGACGUUGAGAAGACAGAUAUGUUUGCUGACGACUCUGUGUUCGAAGAAGCCAUUAUUGCAGAGUAUGCCUUAGUCAUCAAUGGACACAGUUUGGCCCAUGCUCUGGAGCCACAGCUGGAGCACAUCUUGUUGGAUCUGGCUUGUUUGUGUAAAACAGUCAUCUGCUGCCGGGUCACUCCUUUGCAAAAAGCCCAAGUGGUGGAGCUUGUGAAGAGGCAUAAGAGGGCCGUUACCCUGGCCAUUGGAGAUGGAGCCAAUGACGUCAGCAUGAUCAAGACUGCUCACAUUGGUGUUGGCAUCAGUGGCCAGGAGGGGAUGCAGGCUGUUUUGGCAUCAGAUUACUCCUUCGCUCAGUUUCGGUACCUGCAGCGGCUCCUUCUGGUGCACGGACGCUGGUCCUACUUCCGCAUGUGUAAUUUCCUCUGCUAUUUCUUCUACAAGAACUUUGCCUUUACUCUGGUCCACUUCUGGUACGGCUUCUUCUGUGGGUUCUCAGCUCAGACUGUGUAUGACCAGUGGUUCAUUACCCUCUUCAAUAUAGUCUAUACAUCUUUACCAGUCCUGGCGAUGGGACUUUUUGAUCAGGAUGUUAAUGACCAGAACAGCCUUCGCUACCCGAGCCUGUACAAACCUGGCCAGCAAAACCUUCUCUUCAACAAACGCCAGUUUUUCCUGUGCACGCUGCAGGGGAUGGGCACCUCGUUCCUCCUCUUCUUUAUUCCCUACGGAGCCUUCUCUGUCAUGGUGAAAGAGGACGGCUCCCACUUUUCCGACCAACAAACAUUUGCUGUGACCAUAGCAACAACCUUGGUCAUUGUUGUAAGUGUUCAGAUUGGACUCGACAAACACUACUGGACUGCUGUCAAUCACCUCUUCAUAUGGGGAAGCCUCACAGUAUACUUUGCCAUAUUAUUUGCAAUGCAAAGUAAUGGCAUAUUUGGCAUCUUUCCAAGUAAUUUCCCCUUUGUAGGCACGGCACGUAACUGUCUAUCAGAGAAGAGUGUGUGGUUGGUCAUUCUGCUCACUACUGUGGUGUGUGUUGUGCCUGGAUUAGUAGUCAGCUUCCUGAGAGUAGACCUCUUCCCUACUCUAACAGAUAAGGUUCGUCAUCUACAACAGUCAAGAAAGAAGGAAGGACCUCAGGAGCAGAAUCUGAGGCGAGUACGCAGGACGAGCUCACGCCGCUCUGCCUAUGCCUUCUCCCACCAACAAGGCUAUGGAGAGCUGAUUACCUCCGGCAAAAACAUGAAGAUGAGCACUGUCUCUUCUGCUGGCUCCCCUGGAAGAACACCUCACAGCUCCACCUGGAUAGAAAAUAUGUUGAAGAGAAAGAACGAAGUGUCUUGCACCUCUGAUGAAAGCGGCAACAGAGCAAAACAGACUCCAAAACAACAGGUCAGAGCGUGAACUUGACCCCUGACUUACAGAUACUCUACACACUGUAGGAGACCAUAUUAAUAGAUCCCGCAGACCAAGCACAAGGUAUGAGUGUCUUUUGUUUGGGUGAAUUUAUGCUCAAAUCCAACAACACAGACAUACCUCAUUUUUUAAGUGUGAAUCACGUGGACUUUGUUGAAUGUUAAAGGCCAAUCAAAAACAUGAUUAUCUAGAGGAAGCAUUUCCCAAAAAAGUUUUUAAUCUUUAUCUGAAUAUAUUUGUUUAAUGUGCAAACUCAGCUUGACAACAGCAGGUAUAUUUUAAGACAAUAUAAUGCAUGAGUUGCUAAAGUUAAAGAAAUAUUUGUCGUCCUGCAUAAACUGAUCCAGUUUGAUCUUUAAGUGGUUAGUGUAUUGAUUUAAUGGCAUUUAUGAUUAAUAAGGAAUUUUGGGGCAUUGCAUCACCUUAAAAGGAACCUUUAGCUGUCACAAACUACUAUCUACAUAUAGAGUAUAAAUGACAUAAGCAAAAAUAAGGGUAGCCCCAAGCACCAGUGAAAACAUUUAUUAGACUUCCAUCUGUAAAGCCUAUGCACUGAAACUUUCUUCUCAACAUACAUCCAAAGUGCUAAAAUUUAAGUGUUUCUGUAAAUACUUAUGUAAAGCUGCUAGAUAUGAUAAGCACAACUACUGAUUGAAACAUCAAAUAUGGAACUUGUAACGCUAUCAUUUUUCCCUGUGCUGUGCCUUUUUAUGGAUCCUGUUAAAGAUAAUCUUUUUUAUUGGCUUGAUUUUUAAAGAAAAAGUGUGUGUACUGGACUGCAUGGCUUGAAUUUUAAAUACAGAUUUAACCCUCACUUUAAACAUUGUACAGUUGCUGCACAAUAUUUAAACUCCAAACAUGACGCUUGCUGCUUCCAAAAACAAAGAAUAAAGGAAAUUGUGAGGAGAGAGUGAGGUACGAUGUGAUAAAGGUCCUGAACAGACAUAAAUAAAGAAUGCUGCAGUUACAUAUACAGUACAGUAGCAUGUGCCUUAGACCAUCGAGCCUCCACCGUCACUGCUCUCUAAUGAAGUGAACAUUUUCUUGUGAAGAAGCUCAAGCUCAAUGUGUGAUCUUAUAAUCAGGACUUUCUACUUUACUUAAACCCGACACACUUUAACAGCCUGAAGAAACAUGUAAAGCCAAAAAAGAUUCAGCACAUUCGGUUCUUCGUGAUUUUCUUUUGCCCCUGUUAUGUACGUUAUGUUCAUGUAUGUAAAAAAAAAAAGGAUGGAUGGAUUUUAUACAACAGCACAAAUUAAACAUGAUUGAUAUUUUA